AUGUCAGACAAGCUCAACCAGUCCCUUGACGAGAUCCUCAAGGCCAACAAGCGCGCUACCCGCGCUCGCCCUGCUACGCGCCGUGCUGCUAGCGGCAAGGGUGCUGCCGCCACCGCUCCCAUCGGUGGCGUCAAAAAGAACACCAAGGCUCCCAAGGCUGCCGCGAAGGCAAACAUCCCCACCGGACCUGCCUCGAAGGCGCAUGGAGACAGCAAGAUUUUGGUCAGCAACUUGCCUCACGAUGUGACUGAGCCUCAGAUUAAGGAGUACUUUGCGAAGAGCGUCGGACCGGUCAAGAAGGUUCUGCUCACCUACGGCCCCAAUGGCCAGAGCCGCGGUGUUGCUACCGUCAUCUUCACCAAGCCGAAUGCUGCCGCCGAAGCAGCUGCGGCCCACAACGGCCUGAAGGUCGACAACAGGCCCAUGAGGGUUGAGGUCAUUCUCGGUGCCUCUGAUGUUCCUCCUCCUGCCCCAGCGAAGGCGCUUGGCGACCGUGUCCAGCAACCCAAGAACGCCGCGAAGGCUCAGCCGAAGCCGGCUACUCAGACCAAGGCUGCUGCGGCCGCUGGUAAGGCGGGCAAGAAGAAGCGUGGCAAGACGGUCGCGGGCCGCCCGAAGCCGAAGACGGCUGAAGAGCUUGAUGCUGAGAUGCAGGACUACUUCGACAGUGGCAACAAUGCGGGUGCGGACGGUGACACUGCAAUGGCGACCAACGGCGCGGCUGUGCAGGCAGCUGGCAACGGCGGAGACCAGAUGGAGGAUGAGGUUAUGUAA